GACGGUUUUUUGGUUCGUAACCCGCCAGUUAGAGGGCGGAGAAGCGCAGCGGGCCCAAAAGAAGACACACACACACACGGGGGUGUUUUUUCGUCGUCUACUUGGUCGAUGAAACGCCACAAGUGUUGCUCGUUUAGAUUUUGGUCGACGCCAACAUACACGUUUAGGAGAUCCGCUGCGUCCAAAAAACCAAACGUCCACCCGAAAAAGUGUAUGUAACUUUGUGGCCACCAGAAACCCCCAUCCAUUUUUGUGUGUCAGUGUCUUGUGCCAAGAACGUGUGUAACAUUCGGGUUUCUCUUCGUUCCAGUGAAUUGUUGAUUCUGUGGUGCGUCUUGUGACUUGAGCAGCCGACGUUCGCCAUUUCAUUUCUCUUUGUACGACACACACGUUCACACACGUGGACAGGCCCAUUUUUCUCCCCUCGUGCAGAGAAAAAUGACAUCGUCUGUCGAGGAAGACUCUUUAGUGGAAUUUGAUGACACCAUCACUCCACUCUGCGUUUCAGAGGUUGUACAGUCUUUAGUUGGUCGCUUCAACUUGGAUCCGAAUCCGGUGUUAGAUGUGAUUGUAGAAUCAUUUGAACGUCGGCCGCAGCUUCACGGUGUCUUUCUUCCACUGAUUCGCUCGUACACGUCAGAUCGGUUGACUUUGUGUAAAGUCUUAGCGUCGAAGAUUCAAGAUUCAAGAUUCGACCCGUCAUCUACACCGAAUUCUCUUUUCGUCAUCACUGCUCUUUUAUUGCAGCAUGGAGACAUUCAUCUAGAAGAUAUUUAUCGUUGGCUUACGCCUAAAGACAGCGAAAUCGACGAAUCCGCCGCUAAAGAAUUAGCAGACGCAAAAGAGUAUGCUCGUCGAAUGACAAAAGAAGACGACAAAAUUGAAGAAUUGAUUGAAGAAAGGGCACCUUAUAAUCAGAAAUUUGGACUGUGUGAAGCUCUUCUUUCAGUGGGAGCUUGGGAACAAGCAUCUACUCUUCUUAAACGUCAUCCAGAUUUUUUCGUCACAUCUUAUCGACCCAUCUGGAGCAGUAUCUGCAAACUGGUCGACUACGUAAUUGAACCGGUGUAUCGCACUCGAUGCUGCAUAUCUCCAAAACUUUGUGGCAAACCAGUUUUAUCUGUCGGUGUAUGGAACCUCCCCAAGACAGCCAAGGAAAUGAAGGAGUUGAGAGAAACUGCUUUCCCCAUGCUACUCUCUUUGGGACCCCAUUUGUAUAACGAUUCUGUCCUCCUGCACAAGUUGAUCCGUUUGUGCAAUACUGCGUUAGAUGAUUGUGGCUUGAACAGUUCAAAGGAACUUCCGCAAGACCCGGAUUCGCUGUACUUUGACGUUUGUAGACUGUUUGAUGUUGUAAUAUGGCCAUCACUCGCCCUCAUGGAAUGGAAUUGCCAUGUGGCAGAAGAAAUCUGGAAUGUUUUGAAGAAAUUACCUUUUGAGCACCGUUAUCGUCUGUAUGACCUUCGGAAGAACGACACGUUUCAGAGCCAUUCUUUGCUCAUCCGCCGCAAAGUAGACUGCGGUAAACGCAUCGAGGACAUUAUGAAGCGUGUGAGCAAGGAUAACGUCAAGCCCACGGGUCGAUUGCUUGACAAUCUUAGUCACAGCUGCCCUGGCUUUCUUUUUGACUACAUUUUGUCCCAAAUUCAAAUCGACGGCAACAUGAUUGGCCCUCUUGUGGAUUCACUCGAGUACCUUACAAACCUAUCGUAUGAUGUUCUUGGUUAUUGCGUUUUGGAAGCACUUUCGAACCCAGACAAGGAGCGCACCAACCAUGAUGGAACUACCAUCUCUAUGUGGCUGACGGCUCUUUCCGCCUUUUGUGGAGCCAUUUACAAGAAAUACAACAUAGAUUUGACUGGACUUCUCCAAUACGUUGCCAAUCAACUUAAGGCGCAAAAGAGCUCAGAUCUAAUUAUUCUUCAGGAAAUGGUGCAUAAAAUGGGGGGCAUCGAAGCGUCCGAGCAAACGACAAAGGAACACAUGGAAGCAAUGCAAGGCGGUAAGCUACUAAGAGCUGAAGUUGCUCAUUUUGGACCGGUUCUGGUUAACAAGAAAGCUGCCCAGCGUUUAAAGGAAACAUUGCUCGAAUCCAAUUUGGCCAUAACCCUCUGUCAUAUUAUCGCACAGCAACGCGACAAAUGGAACAAACGCCUUAAAAAUCAAGAAACAGAGAAUAAUCAUCUAAAGUUGGAAGGUAAACUAUACGACCAAUGUCAAGAUACGCUCGUUCAGCUUGGAAAAUUCUUGGCUUUGAAUAUGAGUGACGACGACUACGUCAGACGCACACUCCUGAGCGGAGUAUUCCGACCUCCAUGGUCACAAUUAGGAUCAUGGCUCUCCGACAUCCACAUCCAUUCUGAUGUCGCAUUUUAUCUGGCACGACCAAUGUUAAUUUAUUCGAUCAAUUCCAAAUACGAUGAAUUGUGGCGUGCUGAAAAGAAUUCUGAGAAUUUACUUCCGGCCCAGAAAACUCAAAAGUAUUUAGAGGCUGUACGAUUGGUCAUGACUCCCAUUUGUGAAUCAGUUCGUCCUUUGUGCCCGGCUGAAGUUUGGGAGGAUCUAUCUCCUCAAUUUUUUGCCACUUUUUGGUCGCUGACGGUCUACGAUUUGUCAGUGCCAAAUGCUGCGUACGAACGGGAAGUGCAACGCCUGAAGGUAGCCAUUGAACAGACAGAUGAAAAUCGUGAACUGCCAGGCAGUGAACAGAAGAAAGAGUUGGAUCGCUGUAAGGCUUUGAUAAAAAAUCUUCUGGCAGAAGAAAAGAAACAGAAAGAUCACAAUGAACGUAUCAUGGCGAGAUUAACACAAGAAAAAGACAGCUGGUUUCUCAAAUUAUCAAAAACGGAGACGAUCACCCAGUUUCUCCAACACUGCCUUAUUCAUCGCUGCGUUUUCACCGCGACAGAUGCCUUAUUUUGCGCUCGCUUUGUACAGCUUUUGCACAAUUUGAAAACACCAAACUUUUUAACGCUUAAGUGCUACGAUCUGAUCUUUUGUGAUAUAACAUGGAAAGGCACUGUGCCUUCUUGUACGGAAAACGAGGCAGAUCGUUAUGGACGCUUUUUGUGUGCCAUGCUCGAAACUGUAAUGCAUUGGCACUCAAGCAAGAAAAUAUUUGACGAAGAGUGUGCCAAUUUUCCUGGAUUCUUUACCAAAAUUAAACGCGACGAUCAGCCUGGGGUAAAAAACGAUCACGUUGACUUUGAAAACUAUCGUCAUAUUGUUUACAAGUGGCACCAGAAGAUUGCCAAAGCGCUAGUUGUAUGUCUUGAAUCAAAAGACUAUGUCAAGAUUCGAAAUGCACUGAUCGUCCUAAUACGCAUCUUGCCAUUCUUCCCCGUUAUCACGCCUCUUGUCGGGUGGAUUGAUCGAAAAGUCGAAAAAGUAAGCAGUCAGCAACGAGACAAGCAACAGGAUUUAUCAGCGAUGGCUAUUUCAUAUAGUGGUCAAUUAAAGAACAAAAAAACGUCCAUUCCAGAACAUGAUUUCCAUCUGGUGACGAGGAAACCUGUAACUAAAACAACUCCUCAAAGUACCAAUUCACUUGUUGUGGCAGCAAAUCCUGGUGCUCAUCCUGAGAAUGGAGUUGUUAAGCAUGAAGGAGUAAAUGGGGUGGAAAAAGCUUUAACAAAUUUGCAUGAUACUCCUACCUCUACUCCAAGCGAAUCUCAGUCGAGCACUCCAGUCGCUGUUGGCCUCAAGGAGAUUAAAAAAGAAAAAGAAAUAAGGGAGACAAAGGAUAAAGUAAAGGAAGAGAGAAUAAAAGGAGAGAAAGAUUGGCAGUACAAAGAAUCGAUUGAAAAACGAGAAGAAAUUCCUGACCGUACCACAGAGAAGAGGAUAAAAGAACGGAAAGAAGAUAGAGAAGAUAGGCCUCAUUCGGGCAAGCUUGAUCGUGAGGAUGAACGGAUGGAGCGUGACGGACAAGACCGCAAGGAACGAAGUAAUUUCCAAGAAGGACGUCGUGAAUGGAAAGACGAGCGUAAAAGGGUAGACGAGCGUAAAAGGAAUCGGGUGCCAGAUGAGGUUUUGAUGGAUGCCAAACGUCGAAAGGAGGUAGUACGAGAAGAAGUAAGAUCCCCCAAGGCAUGGAUACGGAAGUCCCUCUGAUGGAAACUCUGAUAGACGAGGACAUAACAAACUCUCGCUCUCGUAGCGCACCUCUUUCACGAGAAGCAUCGGAUCGCUCAUUUCACCCGUUAUUAGAUUAUUAGAUUAUUAUUAUCCUUAUUAUUAACAUUAGAUUAUAUUCCUUCAAUUAUUAAAAUAAAAUUUGGUUAACCUAAA